CAUCGAUUACGUGUGUUCAGCACGCCCACCGUCUAUGUGGAUCACCCUACGAGUCUUGCGCGGUACUUCUCCUGUGGUCUUUCAGGCAUGUAUUAUAUCUAACGAAGAAGAAUAUGACAUGAGCAUCAAGCUGAAUUGAGCGCCUUCUUCGUUAGGGAUGGUGCAUUUACAUCAACAUCAUCAAAAAAGCAAUUCAUUCUAGGUGACGCACCACCGAAGCGAGGGGCGCCCGAUGCUUUUCCUAUGCAGACGUUUUCAUUCCAUACGUGGCGCGCACGACACGACUCUGAGGGGAACGAGGUUCCCGACAGCCCAGC